CGCCCCUCGGUCCUCUCGUCCUCCUCCGCCGCCGCCGCCGGCCUCUGCUCCCUCUCCUCUCCUCUCGCCGCUAGCCCUCGCCCGGCCAUGGCCGCCAUCUUCGGUAGCUUGCACAACGGCAGCCUUCCUUGGAUCCACGACCGCUCCAUCUUCACCGGCAACGCCACAGACAUUGCGUGCGCACCGGAUGCGCCACACUCUGGUCCGGGCCUGCUGCUCAUGUACGGCACGGGCGGUGGGUGCCUGCUCAGCUUCCUCAUGUGGGUGCUGUCGGGUCUGGGCGAGACGGCGAGCGGCACCAAGCCGAUAGAGACCAACCACGUCGGCGCCUUCAUCCUGAUCCCGCCCUUUUAUUUGGCGCUGGGCGCCAUCAUCGGCUGGAGAGUGGUCGACUGCACGCUCGGCUGCAGCGCGUGGGCGUCGUCUGCGCCGUCCAUCUCCUUCUUCACCGCCAACAUCCAGCGCGAGGGGUACAUGAUGCUCUUCAUGACCCUCACGCUCACCGCGCUCAUCUUCUUCAAGCGGAUCGACAAGAUGGCGCGCAGGAGGUACGUCGACGCCGCGAAGGGCGACGCGCACCCGUGGAGCCGCUCCUCGCUGGUGGGCGAGUGGCUGAUGCGGUGCGGCUUCGUCCUCACCACCAUCACGGGCAUCAUGCCCUCCCUCGCCUCCAACUGCCACCUGCAGCCCGCCUCGCGCUACGAGCGCUGCUGGGAGGAGGAGAUGUCCAACCCGCACGGCGCCGGGGUCGCGGCCGGCAUCUUCCUCACUUUCUGCGGCUACCAGUUGCGAGCCAUCGGACCGAUCGCGAUGCACAGCGGCGUCGAGGGCGCCUCGGCCUACGCCUACUACACCCUCGUCGUCUCCGAGCUCGCCUUCCUCUGCAUGCCCGCCUCGCUAGAUGCGCCGGCACACGCCCCUAGUGCUCCGGCUGCACUCCAGCGAGCGCUCGAGACCGACACGCGCUCGCACACUCUCUUCAUCUCCCACCGCAGUUGGCUCGUCUUCUUCGCCUGCUGGCUGCACUUUCUCUACGCCGGCGGCCCAAACCCGCGGACGGUCGACGUCUGCCUGCUGCACACGACGCAGAGCGCCUGCACGGGCGAGGAUCUGCCGCCGCAGCAGCAGCGGUGGGCCGACCAGCGGCCGGGAGGGUGGCAGUGCCGCUGGGACCCCGACACCGACUACUACCGCUACCCGUGCACGCGCCACGACUGCGACGCCGGAGGCCGGCUCGAGGGCAACAAGUACUCGGUCAUCUUCGAGUACUUGGGCUUCCUCUACUGGUGCGUCGCGUGCGCGGGGAUGAACGAGGCGAUCGACGUGAUGGACGACGUGCCGGCCACCCGCGCCGUCGCGCAGCGGAAGCGCGAGAUGACGCGGCUCGCGGCGGCGGGCGACGCGGCGCUUCUCUAAGCGUCGCGGUUUAGGCCCGGGCCUGCACCCCCUCACUCUCCCAGGCCCAUUUGUUUGAGCACGCGUGUUGCACACAUACGGUGGUCACAGAUUGUGCGCAUGGAGCAUGUGGCGGCUAAUCCGUGUGCUGCUAGAUUAAAUUCAUAAUUUAUGCAUUAUGGU